GAGAGCAGCUCAACGUUGCCAGGCUGAGCCCAGCGGCAGUCAGGGCGCCCGUGGAAGAAAGAGUGCGACGCGAGUCGGAUGGGCAGGCGCCGAAGCGCCUGCAGUUUGCCGCGCCGCGCUACGAUUCGCGGCGGCGUUGCCCCGCGCCUCGCGGCGCGGGCGCGGCGCCUGCGGCCGCGGGCGGGGCGCCGCCGGGGCCGCGCCGCGACUCGGCGUCGCCCCCCACGCUGCCGGGCGCCGUCGCGCAUGCCAAGCUGGGCAGGACCGCCCAGCAGCUUGCAGCGCAAGUCGAAGGCUGCGCCAGACGGGCUGCGCGCGAGCCUCGGCAGGGAGGGGGCGCUGGCUGCGCGACAGAGCCGCCGCGCGCCGGGGUUCCGAGCGCGAGCGAGUCGGAGCUCGUGCCGGAGCAGGGGCGAGCUCCAGGGCCCGUUUUCGAGUUGCCCAGCAAUCCGCGAGAUUGUCUCGCCCUGCUCGGCGGCGCGACGGCGCCAAGUCAUCCCGCGCACUUCUCCCUGUCAGACGCCAGCUCAACCCCGGCGCCGCUCGCGGACGCGCGGCGAGGGGGCGCGCCGACCACGGUCAAAUUGCAGAGCGCGCCCGGCCCGAGCGACUCUGCUGCCCGGCCCCGUCAAAGUCCAGCGCCUGCCCCCUACUCUGACCCCGUGUCGCAAGACCGGAAGGCGCGGCCCAAUUUUGCGCGGCCACUGCGCGAUCGGCACCUCGCCGACUUCUCCCUUGGGGGCGGGAUCCGCGCCGCCAUCCCGUUCGUCAAGAAGAAAAGAGGGCGCCUCCGCACGGCGGCGGACUGUCGUCGCUCCAACGAGGUGUUCUCCGAGCCCGAUCUCGCGAGCCUCGCGACGGGCGACGCUGUCGGUUGUCUCGAGAUGGCCGACGACGACGAGGUGCUCACCGCGGAGGGCGCCGACUUGAAGGGCGAUUUCCACCACCCGGAGCCCCUGGGAGCGCUGCGCUCCGCUUGCAUGCCGCGCGGCAUCCGAGCAGGGGCCUCGGGCAUCUCAUCGCUCCACGGUCGCGACGCGAAGCCGUCUGCCCGCGUCUCCCCGCGCCCGCGGGAGGCGCCGAUGGAUUGGCGAGCGGCCGCGGCGACGCCUCUCGCCUUCGCGAUGGGCGGCCUGCCCCCAUCGCUUGCAUCGCCCUGUCACCUGGAGUGCGUCGGCAACUUUAUCAUCAUCACGUGCGACGCCAGGUCGGCGCGCAACAACGCGACCAAGGUGGUGACCGAGCUGCAGCGCCGCGGCCUCGUCGCGACCAGGGGCGCCCACCUCGGCGACGACCGCAACGAGUGCGACAUGCUGGUCGCCACCGUCGGCUGCGUCUCUGUCUCGGCUGCCAGGGCGCUCGGCCACGUCGUCUUCGCGACCCUCGCGCGAAGCGAGGGGCUCGGCAUCUUCCAGGCCUGCCCCCGCCCCAUUCAGGAAUGCGACCAGGUCGAAGCCGCGCUCUGGAGUCAGUUCAGGAAGGAUGCAGGAAAAGGGCCCGCGCUCGCGCUGCUGCGCAUCAUGCGCAAGAUCAGCAGCCUUGCUUUGGCCGCGGGCUCAGCGUUCACUAGGGGUCGAGCCAGGAAGGCGAGGGCCAGGGCCUGGACCAGGCGCACGUCGCCUAACCGAUGCCCGAUCAGCCGGGCCGGCCUGAUAGCCUCGCUGGCGCACAGGUCCUGCGCACAUUUCCACGCGUCGCCGCGCGCCCUUUUCUGCGCCGCGCUGCCGGGCGCGAUGGGGCACUGCGUCGCCGGCCCGCCCCCUGGGACUGCUCGGGGGCGGCCAGCCGAGACGCCCGGGGCGGGCCCGAAGGGCGGGCCGACGCCGCUCGAGCGAGCCUGCUCGGUGGACGCGCCCCCAAGCAUGCCCGCGCUGAUCGCGGCGACGGCGCGGACCAAGGCGGGUCGUCGCCGAGCUCGCGCCGCCGUGCUCGAGGCAUUCGACGGUUGGGCGAAGUUGCGCGGGAGGUCGGCGGCGACGCUUGUCAAGAUGGACGCUUCCGUCCACUGCUACCUCGCGCGCCCCUUCCUGCUCGGCCGCCACUGGACCCAUGGGAAUCGCGUGAUCGCAGCGAUCGCGCAGAGGGGCGAGAUCCACGGCCUGAAGAUCGAGGGCGCGGCGCCGCCUGCGCCGGGCGGGCCCGACGCGCAUCGCUCCUAUUCCGCGACGCCGCGCGCGCAGGAGGUCGGCGAGGUCUCCGAGAUGGGGGAGUUCCAUGCGGCCGCGAGGCUCGCCCUCGACCGCCCGCCGGGGCUCGGGCCAGCGCGGCCGCGGAUGAACGCUUUGCGGCUCCGCGCGGGCGCCGCCGACGCCGCCUCGCCGUUCGCCCUCGGCCAGACGGAGGCGGCCGCCGCUUGGCCCGACGCCGCCCUGGCGCCGGGGCUCAAGAAGCCGGGCGCGCGCCACCUGCGCCUAUGGAACUCAGGGCCCGGCCGCGAUCACGCCGACAACCUGCGCGGCCUGGAGCACAUCUGCCGCCGGGGCCGCUGGACGUCGCGGCGCUCCGCGAGGCGCCGCGAGAAGGGGGGCCACUUGACUGGGCAGCUCCACAAGCUGGGCGCCGAGCAACGCCGCCAGCCGAGCUUCAACGACCUCGCUGGCAAGUUGGGAGGGUGCGUGAUCAGGCCCUUGGACUUCGCUGGCAACCUCCAGCGCCACGGGGAGCACCCUCGAGGGCAUUCGGAAUUCGCUGAGCUGCAGGUGCUUUUGGACGAGAACUAUUGCGCCUCCAUGACCUUGCUUUCCUUCCCAGACAGCGCUGAUGGCUGGCGUUGCAUUGAGCUUGCGAACUGCGCGCUGACUGCCAAGCUCACCCCCGCCCUCAGAGCCAUCACCUGCGGCGGGGUGGGGCUCCGCAG